GGUUUUAGAUUUUUCUUGAACACUCCUGUUCCAACACCCAUUAUAAAGACUUUUGACUGCUUAUCCGCUCUACUUUUCUCCUUUUGACUCCUCUACUCCCACAACACAAGUCACAAAUUUACUGGUCCAAAGUUGCGCCAAACCAUCACAGCCCCCGCACCCCACCCCAACCAACCAGGUGCUCCUCAAACUUUCUUCUCUUUCAAGAACUCUCCUUAAACAAAGCAAUUUUUCACUGUCUGAAACUCAUAUGUGCCUAAAUCAGUGUACAAGCUAUUGAUUUUUUUUUUAUUCAGAUACCUUGGAUCAUCACUUCUAUACAGGUUUUAAGUUUUUUUUUUUUUUCUCUCUUUUUCUUUUUAGAUUGAAUUGAGACUUAUCUAAAGUUUACAGCUUUCUCUUUAAUUCAGUUUCCCCCCACCUUAUACCAUAUAUUCGUGAUUUACCACUCUUUAUCUUUUCUGGAACAGACUUGAAAGGCCUCCAUUAGUAGUUGUGUCAGAAAAGGAUUUCAUUUUAGACACGUGAUUGUUGACCCUCCCUCGAGAAAAGGGGUGUGACAUCGCGGAUGGAGGAAAAUUUGAUGAAUGGUGUAGUAAUGGAUCUUGAUUUGAACCAAGAACCUAUGGAGUCGUCAGGUUUAGGAUUGGGGUCUUUGUUGAAUGAUUUGGAAAGUGCUCAUAGUAGGAUAGAGCAAAGAAUUCUUCAGCUUGAGACUGUGGCAGCUACAGCUUGGCAACGCCAUAGGUUGCGUCAGGCUCGUAAUUCUGCUGAUAACAACAACAACAACAACAACAAUAGCAUAGCCAGCGUAAUCGCACGAGUGGGGUCUGGGGAGGGUAGAAUGUAUGCAGACUUUCUCCCUACCUCUAUGGCUCAAAAUUCUGCUGAUAAUGUGGUUCAAGAUUACAAUUUUGAGGUAGGGAAGCGAAAAGGAUGCAAAAGAGAUAGCUCUCAUUUAGUAGCAAAGGCAUUGGAGAUGGAUAUAGUGGUUAAGAAAGUUGAUAAGGAUGGUGGUGGAAGUUUCUUUGACUGUAAUAUAUGUUUAGAUAUGGCAAAAGAACCUAUUUUGACUUGUUGUGGUCAUUUAUAUUGUUGGGCAUGCUUUUAUCAGUUACCUUAUGUUGAUUCAACUACGAAAGAGUGUCCUGUUUGUAAAGGAGAGGUUGCAGAUGCAAAUAUUACUCCAAUUUAUGGCAAUGGCCACGAAGAAGUGCAGUGUGGUUCUGAAAUACCACCAAGGCCAGGAGCACAUAGAGUAGAGAGUGUUAGACAGCAGCGUGUGACUCGGGGUUUGUCUCAUAUCCCGGUUGCAGAAGCACUUAGGCGAAUUAGGACUAGUAUUGGAUUCGGCAAUCACCCACAGCAACUCGAGACUGGUGCUGUUAGUUCAAGUUCUGUGAGCGGUUCUCAGGAGUUGCAAAAUGCUGCUGAUGCCACGGGCAGCCGGCGACUUGGCGCCCGAGGGUUUUCGAGGGUAUUAUCGGAGAGUGCUGCUUCUCUUUCAUCUGAAUUAGAAAAUGCACAUCGGAUGUUUGAGGACAUUGCAGCAUCACUCACAGACCGCAUUCACGAAAGAAGCGAUUUGCAUGUUUUACCAACUGGUCAUGUUACAGCUGAUGAAGGUAAUUCCUUCAGAAGGGAUGCUGCUAUUAUACGAUCAGAACGUCAAACUCUGGAUUCAAUUGCAGAGACAAGUUCUGCUGCAUUUUCCCAGUCAAAUGAAGUUUCUGAUGCUGCACUUCAGUUGGAGAACCUGGCAACUGAUAAUGGAAAUCUGCCUGUGACUCGAUCUUCCAGGACGAGAAGUGGUUUCCCGAGGCUUUCAGAUUCAGAUAACGGACUUCUUCGUGAAACAAGAAGAAGAAGAUUGAACUGAAGCCUUUGAAUUAUUGAGGUUGACCCUAUUCUCAAAUUUGGUCAAGGAAUCGUUGUUGCCCUUGUUGGAAGUGAUAAUCUAGCUCACAGAUUUACCGUGGUGGAGGAAAUUUUCUGAUGAUAAGCUUUUUCAAAAAGAAUAAGCUGCUGAGAUGGUGGAAUCUUGGCUGUACAGCGGAUAGUAGGUACUUUUCGUAGGAAGCAGUGUUAAUCCCAUUGCUAUUGUCUACAUUCCGUGGCAGUUCCCGGUGGUAUAAUGACAGUUUUCGAUUAUGUAAAUGUUAUCCCAGGUUUACUUAGAGUAAAAUUGAUCUCUUGUAUCAAACAUUUCUUUUGCAUGAAGUCUGAAGCAGUAAUUCAGCUCAUUCUUAGUCUUUCUGUUCUUGUCUAUUUAUUUAAUGAAAUCAAACUUAGUACA